GAGUUGCAGCUUCCCCGCCCGUCGGGCCGCUUCCUCGGCGCCUUUCCCGCUGCGCAGGGCUUCUCCCUGGGGCGCCGCGGCGGCGGAGGCCCGACCGCCGAGCACAGGUUUCCUAAAAGAGAAACCUGGAAAAGAGAGAAAAAUGGAAGAAUCAGUAAACCAAAUGCAACCACUGAAUGAGAAGCAGAUCGCCAAUUCUGAAGAUGGCUACGUGUGGCAAGUCACUGAUAUGAAUCGACUACAUCGAUUCUUAUGUUUUGGUUCUGAAGGUGGAACCUACUAUAUUAAAGAACAGAAACUGGGCCUUGAAAAUGCUGAAGCUCUAAUUAGAUUGAUUGAAGAUGGCAGAGGAUGUGAAGUAAUACAAGAAAUAAAGUCAUUUAGUCAAGAAGGUAGAACCGCAAAGCAGGAGCCUAUGCUCUUUGCGCUGGCCAUUUGUUCCCAGUGUUCUGACAUAAGCACAAAACAAGCUGCAUUUAAAGCUGUGUCUGAAGUUUGUCGCAUUCCUACACAUCUAUUUACUUUUAUCCAGUUUAAGAAAGAUCUGAAGGAAAGCAUGAAAUGUGGCAUGUGGGGUCGAGCCCUCAGAAAGGCCAUAGCAGACUGGUACAAUGACAAAGGUGGCAUGGCCCUUGCUCUGGCAGUUACCAAGUAUAAACAGAGAAAUGGCUGGUCUCACAAAGAUUUAUUAAGGUUGUCACAUCUUAAACCUUCCAAUGAAGGACUUGCUAUUGUGACCAAAUAUAUUACAAAGGGCUGGAAAGAGGUCCAUGAAUUGUAUAAAGAAAAAGCACUUUCUGUGGAGACUGAAAAAUUAUUAAAGUAUUUGGAAGCUGUAGAAAAAGUGAAGCGCACAAAAGAUGACCUGGAAGUCAUUCAUCUAAUAGAAGAGCAUAGAUUAGUUAGGGAACAUCUUCUAACAAAUCACUUAAAGUCUAAAGAGGUAUGGAAGGCUUUGUUACAAGAAAUGCCUCUUACUGCAUUACUAAGAAAUCUAGGAAAAAUGACUGCCAAUUCAGUGCUUGAACCAGGAAAUUCAGAAGUAUCACUAGUAUGUGAAAAAUUAUGUAAUGAAAAGUUGUUAAAAAAGGCUCGUAUACAUCCAUUUCAUGUUUUAAUUGCAUUAGAAACUUAUAAAUCAGGUCAUGGGCUCAGAGGAAAACUGAAGUGGCAUCCUGAUGAAGAAAUUGUAAAAGCAUUGGAUGCAGCUUUUUACAAAACUUUCAAGACUCUUGAGCCAACUGGAAAACGUUUCUUGCUGGCCGUCGACGUCAGUGCUUCGAUGAGCCAGAGAGUUUUGGGUAGCAUACUCAAUGCCAGUACAGUUGCUGCAGCAAUGUGCAUGGUUGUCACACGAACAGAAAAAGAUUCAUACAUAGUUGCUUUUUCAGAUGAAAUGGUACCAUGUCCAUUGACUAUAGAUAUGACCUUACAACAGGUUUUAAUGGCUAUGAAUCAGAUCCCAGCAGGUGGAACUGAUUGUGCUCUUCCGAUGAUCUGGGCUGAGAAGACGAACACAGCUGCUGAUGUCUUCAUUGUGUUCACUGAUAAUGAGACCUUUGCUGGCCGUGUACAUCCUGCCGUGGCUCUGAGGGACUAUCGAAGGAAACUGGCUAUUCCAUCUAAGUUGAUUGUUUGUGGAAUGACAUCAAAUGGUUUUACAAUUGCAGACCCAGAUGAUAGAGGCAUGCUGGAUAUGUGUGGCUUUGAUACUGGAGCUCUGGAUGUAAUUCGAAAUUUCACAUUGGAUGUGAUUUAACUAUAAGUACACCCCGAUCUAAGAGGUCCAUUGCCAUCAGUGAUCUCGCUAGAAAUAUGCAGCUACUUCCCAGCUACUCUUAAUCCAAUGAAAGAAGAUAAGAUUGUGGUAUAUUCAUAAUGGAAAGUUUACCUUACCAAAAAAAGGAAGAAAAAUAAGAUGAGCCCAAAGUUUUUUCUAUUUACUAAACCAGUUCUUGGGAAAUAGCAUCAGAAUACACUGUAGCUUCCUCUAUUGAAUAGAGAACUUCUUAUUGAUAGAUACUGUAAAAAUAGUUUUGCUUUGAUGAAUAAUCACAUUUGUACUUAAAAGAAGAGCCAAAAGUGUAAGUAGCUCCAUAUCAUGUCACUUGUUUAAGAAGUGCUUAAUGUUUUCUUAAACGUUUUCAUUGGGAAAGGACAGCUUUGAUAAUGUCCAAAUAUUCUGAAAUGCACUGGACCAUGUAACUGUGAUGGAAUGUGAAAUUUAUCUGUAAACUUUUAUACCAAGGGGGUUCAAAAAAAAAGAUACUAACUUAUAAAGAGUUUUACAAAUUUCUUUUAAAAGUUUUGUAAGAUUACAGAAAUAGCAGCUUUCUGAGUUUCUUAGAAACAGUUUUGUUUAAGAUAUUUCACUUAAACUUGUAGAAUUAUUACUACUGCCCAGAAACAUCGCUAUCCCUGAGAAAAGGCUAAAGAUUGUGGCAUCCGAGGAAGUAUAUAUGGUUCGCUUUUUUGUUUGUUUUGUUGUAUUUUAUUGUGGUAUAUGAGGGGCAUGACCGUUUCCUCUGAAUUAUAGCAGUUUAGCCACAUGUAGUCACUAUAUUUUUUUCAUACUCUUAAAAUAACAAUCUUUCACUUAACUCCCCCACUCAUAUGCUAAAAACAUGACAAAAUCUCAACUAUAGCCAAAUGACCUUUUUUCUUACAUUAAAAUAAUUGUUCUAAUUAUCUUUAACAUUUUUUUAGCCAAUCAUCAAUGAAUUUUAGAUAUUUUCUAUUGUAAACAUGUUGAUGGCCUCUUAUCUUUUUGUCCAUUAUUCAUUUUAUGGCAGAACAUUCUUUUUUUGAUAGUGUAAAAUAUAAUAAAGCAAACUGCCUUUCAGUUUUGAAAGGCAACUUUUGAGUAGCACAUUACCAUUAACCUUAUGUAAGAAAUUAUUUUUUGUAUUUUUGUAUAUUAAACUUCCUUUUCGUUAUUCUAAAGUGCAUUAUUUUCUUCAGCAGAUACCCCUCUUUGCAGGGAGGUUUGGCCUAUUGAAAUGACAGUGUCUUUGCUCGUAAUAACAUGAUUGUCUAAGGUAACACAAAACUUCAAUUUUUAUGUAUUCUUUCAAUAUUAAGGAUUUACUGGGGAUUUAUAAAGCCCUUCUUACUGUUAAAAGGAAAGUGAAAUUAGUAAAUUAUAGCCUUUUACAUAUUUGGGGGUUAGAGGUUUCCAGUUUGGGGAGAAAGGGAAUCUUUAGUAUUGUUAGGAUUUGGUAGGUAUUUUCUUCUCUUUCAUGGGCAGUUUGGGCUCUGGGAGUGGUAAGAUAUGUUUCUUUAAGCUAUUUUGACAUAAUAAAGCUAGCUCUGCUAUGUAGCUAUUCCUUGAUGGCAAACCCGUUAGCAGUUUGCAAAUGUGAUUUGCCUAAGAUUUUUUUGUUCAGCAAAGCUACUAGCACACCCCCCUAAAAAAAUAAAAAACAGACACAUUGUUCUGAUGCCAUUCUUUAAUACUAUGUCAAGCACUGGUUUUAACAUAUUAACUACUUUGGAUAUAUUAAAAUAUUACAUGCAGAUUAAAUUUAAGCUAAAGGACCUAGUAGAAUUACAUAAUUGCUAUUAAAUUCCUUAAGUGAACCCAAGAUCUUCUUAAAUUAAAAAAUUAUCUUUGUAUUCCUAUUAGAAACUGUAAAUGGAAUAUAAUAUAAAAGUUUGUCCUUCAGUUGUGAGCUGUUUGUACAGAGCUUUUAGACAGAUUUACCCACUAGCUAAUGUUAAAUUCGUCAAAGAAGUAAGAUUAGAUGUGACCUUUGUUUAGGUAAGUACAAUUAAAUGGAUUAGUGUAAGAGUUAGCAAAGGAAAAUAAAAUCUACCACAGAAGGUAAUUUUAUUUUUAAAUCAUGGAAUUUUAGAACUGGGAGAAAACUCAGAAAUCUAAAAGCUAAUUUUUAAUUUGGUAAAGAACCUUAGGUCCUAUAGAAUGUGGCUUUAACCACUAGACCUAGAAAUCUUGAUCUCUUCAUCCCAUUCAGUGUUCAUUUAUUUCCCCAUAAAAUGGAAAAACAUUGACUCAUAAGAAGAGUAGGGAAUAAAAUAGAAUUAUUCAGUACUUUUAUCUUUUUAAAUAUUAGGAAAUAAUGUAUAUACAUGAUUGCUUUAGAAGUAGAAAAACAGAAAUUGUGAACAUGUAUGAUUUUGUAGUUCAUAACAAGCCUCAAGCACAAUGUUUUAAUUACCUGUAUUCCUAUACAACAUAGUCUUACAGAAGAAGUGAAACAAAAAUUUUACCACGUUAUUAAUAAAAUGUACUCAAUAAACAAGUUUCAUGUUCUGAAUUGCUUUUUGGGUUACUACUACAUUAAUAUUUAAGGAAGUGUUGCUUUUUAAAACAAUUCUAAGAAAAAUAAACUAUUUCCUAGAAAAUAUGUAAAUAUUUUCACAAUAUAGUUGUAAUUAGUGAAACAAAAACUAGUAACCUCACCUUUGUGAACUUUCUUGGAAAUUCCAUUAACAUUGGUAUAUAUUGCUUAUGUUAUUAACUGUUUUAUGGGAGAAUAUUAGCUUCAAAGAUGACUCCAGUGAAUGGAAUUUAGUGUUAAUUCUCUGGAACCUCUUGUUUUAUGUAAUUUAAUGUGGCUGUAGACAACCAUUAAAUAUAUGUGAUUCAAUUUUGCUGUCGUUAAAAACAUCUGAUGAUUUGAUCAAAGGAUAAUCAAUGACUUACUAUGUGUAUAAACUUUUUUUUAAUAAAAAAUUCUAAUAAGGAUAUAUAUUUUGAAAGAUAAAAUGUUUUAGAACAAAUAACUCAAUAGGCUUAAUUUUUUAAACCACUCUUUUUUGAGUGAAAAAUUGGAAGAAAAACUGUCACAGAGAAGGUGAGUAUUAACUAAGAAGUCACUGUCCUCUCAUCAAGAGAAAGAAUAUAUCCCAAGUCUUAGAUCCCCUUGGAAAACCAAACACAUACUCUAAAUGAGAUAUUAACAUUUGCCUAAUCUUUUAAAAUAAUAGGUAAAUCCUCAAAUGAUAAAAUAACAAAGUUAUUUUGGAAAUUUAAAGCAGAAUUCCUAAUAAAUCUGAGGAUCUGACAGUUAAGUGAGAAACUUUAAAAGCACAAUAGACCUACAUGGAAAUAAUUAAAAGUAAAUCUUUGUGAUCUUUUGUUGGACUUACUAGUAUUUUUACGUAAAGAUAUUUUACCGACAAAUACAAAUUUCUUGGUAAGUGAUGACUUAAAAGUAGCUAAGCAAAACUGUGAUGAUUUAGAAGUAGUUAACCAAAACUGAAAAAUUCUAGUCUUGUAUAUACAAUUUUAGGGUGAUUUGUUUUCCCUCCAGAGGAAAUCAGAUUUUUGGAAGAUUACUUUUAUAUCUCAUUUUUGCUCUUACAAUCCCUAUCCCCUGACAUUACUGUCUUCUCUUUUUGUAGUCCUCUCCGUAAAUAAUAAAUAACAAAGUCACUCAUUUAGCUGUGGAAUCAGUGUUUUUCAGGUUACUCUAUAUCCUAUGCAGAUUUAAGAUCAUAUUUUUUCAAAUUCACAAUGGGCAGUCAAUUGCAACAAUAAUUGCAUAGAUAUAGUCUCGCCCAAAAUCAAGUUAUAUAGUAUAUCCUUUAUAUUAGAUGUUUGCAGAAAUUUGGGGACCUUUAUCAGUUAUUCAGCCAUUGUUUGCAGUUAGAGAUGUGCCAGAUAAAAAGCACUCAAAAAAAACUCAAUGAAUACUCUCCAAAAAUAGAAUGUAUCUGCUAUUAUUUUCAAAAUUACAAAAACCACUGUCAAAAAUCUUUGGUCUAAGUCUUUACUGAGCUUAUAUAUAAAUGGCUUGUCACAUAAAAGAAUUUGUAAAUAACAUAUUUUCAAUGAUUUUUUUUAAUUGGUGAAUUUUUACUGCUUUUGAAAAAUUAUGAAGUUAAUUAAAAGUUAACCCAUGGUAAUGUUUUCCAUGUAUAAAAGUAAUAAUGUAGUUAGGUCUGUUGUUUGAAUAAAAAUUAUUAAAAACAAUACCUUUUCCUAAAUCCUGAAAAAUAUCACAUUGUACUGGAUAUUGGUAGAAACAAAAAAUUAGAGGAAUUAUACUGCAAAACUCUCUCUCUGAAAUUAAGGUGAUUCUUUUCAAUGAGAAUGAAUUUUGUAAAUAAAAAUAUAUAUAAAGUUAUUUCUAACCCUAAAGAGAUUUUUCCUCUACCCUGUAUUUAAUUCAGCAGUGCCACACAUAUUAAUUUUAUGAAUGUGAGUGACAUUUAAUUUUAAAACAUUUAAAUUUCUGUACAUCUAGAAAUUAUCAGAAUCUGCUUGAACAAAUGAAAUAAGCUAGCUACGUUCUGCAGGUUUAAUGAACACUUGGAUUGUUAAGGUAGUAAAUGAAUGAAAUCCUUGCUAUUUAUAUACCAGAGCUGUAUAUAUUUAAUAGAAUAUUUUAUCAAUACACAGUCAAACUUCUGUUAAAUUACUUGUUAGGCUUUAUUUGCAAUGUAAAUGGUUUAGAAUCCAUAUAUGGCCAAAUUAGAUUUUCAAUUCUUAUGCAAAUAAUGAAAAAUAACCAAGAAAAACAUUCUUAUUGCCCUAUUAUGCUAAAUAUGGACUAAGUUUGGUAUGGUGCGAGGAGACAUAACUUAUGGAUUUGAGUUAUAUUUUCUUUUUAUGGCCAGCUUCUGAUAAUUGCAAUUCUCCAAAGAGAUGAGAUGAUGCAAUCAUCUUUUAAACAAAAAAAAUGGUUGGGGGUGAGGGGCAUGUGUUAUGCUCUAGUUCUAAACUGCCCAUUUGCUUUAUAUAGAGGCUUUGAUUUCCAUAAUUGACCACUUGAUGAAUAUUUAAAUUAGAAUAAUACCUGCAUAGAAUAAAAUUUAUGCAAGAGCCUUAAAGUGAAAAAAGAACCUCUGACUGCCUUAAAAUAUGACUAGCUCUCAAAUACAGGCAUACUGGUUACUUUCCAUAAGUUCUGUUCACUAAGUAAUGCCUUAAUAGUGUUAGUGUUUCUCAAGUACAGAACUCAAGGGUCUUUUAGAACUUUCGCUUUUAGUUACCAAAUGGAAAUGUAACUAGUAAGUUUUAAAACCCGAUUGUACAUGAGUAGUUUUAGCACUGGCCAACAAGAGAAUCUGGGCAUACUGAUGUGUUUAUACAUAUAUGACUGUUAGCAUCAGGAAUAUUUUGUGGUAGUUUAAGGUUUUUUAUUGUUUUGUAUAUAUCCAAGAAGCUGGACUUUAUGUGACAUGAUCUCCAAGGACCAAGUUGCAUAUUUCAACACUAUGAAAGAAAAAUACAGUUGUAUAGUUCCAAAAAUGAAUUUUUUAAGGGAAUUUUUCAAGGCAAAGGCAAAUACUUUGUUUCAAGCCUACAAGCAAAGAAGUGAAUAGUUAAAACAUUGUGACUGUUGCAAUAAAAAAAAGUAUCUAGGCCAGUGAUUUAAUUACAUUCAUAUUUUUUCACUUUGCCUUUCAAAGCAGGAAUAUUUUAGAAAACUGAAAGAAAACUUUAUAAAUUGCCAAGCUGGUGCUUAAAAGUAUAUGAAGUUUGGUUUAUAACAAUUUUCAUUUAUCAGAAAGGACCCUGAAAAGGACAGGUGGGGGCCUUACUAAGUCUAUUGAUAAACUCACUGGUUUUUGAGUCUUCCAAGUUUUCACUGUAUAUAAUAUACCUAUAAUGCAAUUUUGCUGUUUUCUGGUAGAAUAUAGAAGUACUAAUGUAUUAAAUUUAUUUCAUGAAAAGUUUUCACCAAUACUGUGAAAUCUUUGUCCUUUCUAGCUUUGCAAAAUACCAUACUGAAUUUAUUAACCAUUUUAAAUUAUGGAGUGCAGGUAAAUUGUUUAUAGUCAGUUGUAUUGUAGAAAUUGUUAGAUGUACCAAAUAAACUCUAUGCACAUCAAAUACUUGUCUUUAUUU